AUGAGCGAGACGAAAAAAACGGAGGCGGUCAGUAGUCGAACGAAGGUCUCACAAAAACACGAGACGGCAUCGAAAACCGAAAGCACGAAAAAGAUUAAGAAUGAGAAAAAACGAGCCGAGCAACGAGUUAAACAGGAGGAGGAUGACGACGAACGUAAAAUCGCUAUCAAGCAUGAUUCCAAUUCAUCGAGCAGAAAACACGGCAAGUCACAAAUUGCCCAAUUAAAUAGAAAUAUCAACUCAAUUCAAGUUUCCCCACAAAAAUCAAGAAAUGGAAGACGUACCGGAAAAUCUCCGAAGCAUGAGUUGAGUCGAGAUGAGAACACCUCAGAUGAAGACGAAAUCGAGGAGACUAGUAAAAAAUCACACGGAAAGAACCGAAAUCGGUCUCGUUCGCGAUUCCACGGCAAAAAGCGCUUUGACAUGGAGCUAUCAUCGAGCGACGACAUCGAUAGUGCGUCCGACGAACACGACGACGACAAUCUGACAUCCGCCAAACAUCGCCAUUCAAUUCGCCGUGGCUUCAAGAAACACCAGGAAAAAACCGACAGGGACAAUGACAGCUGGGAGGAAGGCAGUCGGCGGCGAACUGUGAAGAACGGCAAGAAGAUCACUCGCAAAGAAAAGAGUCAUGGUAGCGAAAAGCAUAAGAAGAAACGAACGCGCGAUGAGAAAAAUUUCACCAGCGAUACUGGCUCGCGUGAAAGCUACUACUCAUCUCGGUCUUCAAAAGAUUCAAAGAGCUCCUCAUCAUACUCCCAAUUUGUUGAAGAGGAAGAGGAUUAUGAUUGA